AUGGGUCGCAUGCACGCUCCCGGGAAGGGCCUGUCCCAGUCGGCUCUGCCCUACCGCCGCAGCGUCCCCACCUGGCUGAAGUUGACGUCUGACGACGUGAAGGAGCAGAUCUACAAACUGGCCAAGAAGGGCCUGACUCCCUCACAGAUCGGUGUGAUCCUGAGAGACUCGCAUGGCGUUGCACAAGUACGUUUUGUGACCGGCAAUAAGAUCUUGAGAAUUCUUAAGUCUAAAGGACUUGCUCCUGAUCUUCCUGAGGACCUCUACCAUUUAAUCAAGAAAGCUGUUGCCGUUCGAAAGCAUCUUGAGAGGAACAGAAAGGAUAAGGAUGCUAAAUUCCGGCUGAUUCUGAUCGAGAGCCGUAUUCACCGCUUGGCUCGAUAUUAUAAGACCAAACGAGUCCUGCCCCCCAAUUGGAAAUACGAGUCAUCCACAGCCUCUGCACUGGUUGCAUAA